AUGUACCAGCACGAACUUGCCAUGGGACGGAAUGAAAAGCUUUAUUUGGUAGCCGCUCACGCAUCCGUGCCAGGGAACGGCUUCGAUUUCGAACAAGUGCGAAUACUGGGUCAGUCGGACGACCGAAUCUCACGCCUCUUGCAGGAGGCAUGGCACUCACACGCGGACUCUAUCAAUAGGCAUAUCAAUCUCCCAGAUGCCUAUCUUGCGUUGCGCGAGCAAUGUCAGGGCUCAAGUUCACUCGCGGCGGAGGGUACAAUGGGAACUUAA